UAACACUGGCCACACUAUUCUCAUCCCUAAGAAAAAUAGAACGCUCCGGCGUCAAAAAAAUAAGUAAAAAUUCAUCCCCACAGGAAUAUGGUUCGUGGAGCUCUUCGAGGCGGUCGCCCUAUGCGCGGGGGCAUCCGUCCGCCAUUUAAAAAGACUUUUGUACCCCGCCAUCCGUUCGAUUUGACUCUUGCGGAGGUCUUCUUUCCUAAGGUUCCACUUGCCGGUACCGUUGACGAUUCAGCUCUCACUGCGGCCUUGUUGAAACGUAACCAGGACUUGAGUCCCACUCCCAGCGAACAGACGGCCAUUGGAAAUCUGGUGACCAAGGUUCAGGCUGUUCUGGACAAUCUUGUGGUGGCUCCCGGUGAUCUGACUACUUGUCAGCUGGAGGAGGUGCGCCAGGUGGGAUCCUUUAAAAAGGGCACUAUUCUUACUGGAAACAAUGUGGCCGACGUGGUUGUCAUCCUUAAGACGUUGCCCACUAAAGAGUCUGUUGAUGCUCUGGCAAAAAAGGUAGAGGCUGACCUGAAAGCCAGCAUGAAGACUGAGGUGCUGACCAAAGGCGAUCAGCACACCGUACAGAUCCACGAGCGCGGGUUUGAUAUUGCUAAUGUCCAUGCCAAGGUGCGCAUUCUGAUCGCCACCUUGCCGCAGAAUCUCCGCAAACUGGAGCCAGAGAUUCACUUGGAUCACAAGCUGAUGCAGAGCCAUUUAGCUGCCAUCAGGCACACACGUUGGUUCGAGGAGAACGCACACCACUCGUCAAUCAAAGUGUUAAUUCGAAUUCUUAAGGAUCUCACCAGGCGUUUCGAUGCCUUCUCACCAUUGUCAGCCUGGAUGCUCGAUCUGAUUGCCCAUCUGGCCAUAAUGAACAACCCUUCGCGUCAGGCACUACCCAUCAACCUGGCCUUCCGUCGUGUCUUUCAGCUGCUUUCCGCCGGACUAUUCCUGCCUGGCUCAGCCGGUAUUACGGAUCCCACCGAACCAGGACACAUUCGGGUGCAUACUGCAAUGACGUUAGAGCAGCAGGACGUGUGCUGCUACACAUCGCAGACCCUACUCCGUGUGCUGGCCCACGGUGGCUACAAACACAUUCUUGGACUGGAGGGAAAUACCAGUAUUGUGCGCGAAAUGUCUGUCUGGAACGGCGUAUGCGUUUCUCCCUUAACCGCAGUUUACGAAAAGCCAACAGACAAAAAGGAAGGCGACCUCGAGGAGGAUAUCGAAAUGAUAGAAAACGAGAACGAAGAAGACGGCAGCGACGAUGGAGCCGAGUAAUACAACCCAGGCUAUUUAUUGUAUUUAAUAUUCCACAUCUUAUUUUAUAUUAAUACUCUUGAUUUAAUUGAUUAUACUACUCCCAAGUAUGGGCUCAUCCUCACCAA